GAGAGAGAGAGAGAGAGAGAGAGAGAGAGAGAGCUGUUUCAUAUCUCAACCCUUUCCUUUAAAUCCAUCUCCUCCCCCCUCUCUUCUUCUUCUUCUGCUCAACAUAACAUUUCUAUUCUUUAUGCUUCCAAUUGUUUCCAAUCACAAUUCACAAUUGAAAUCCCCAAUUCACCCAACUAACAAACCCUAAUUUCCCAAUUCCCCCACAAUUCAAUUGCAUCUCCGCCAUGCCCUCCUCCCUCUGACCCUCCGCGCAGCCAUCACUUGUCGACAUUCGGAUUGAGAUUGAACCCUAGAAACCAGAGAGAGAAUGGAGGGUUUACCGCAGCACCCGGCACCACGAACUGUGGAGGAAGUCUUCAGCGACUUCAGAGGCCGUCGCGCCGGCUUGAUUAAGGCCCUCACCACCGACGUUCAGAAGUUUUACCAGCAGUGCGAUCCUGAUAAGGAGAAUCUGUGUUUAUAUGGACUGCCAACUGAGGCAUGGGAAGUUAAUCUUCCUGUUGAGGAGGUGCCUCCUGAGCUUCCUGAACCAGCGCUAGGUAUAAACUUUGCUAGAGAUGGCAUGGCGGAGAAGGACUGGUUGUCGCUGGUUGCAGUUCACAGCGAUUCAUGGUUGCUUGCUGUUGCAUUCUAUUUUGGUGCACGCUUUGGGUUUGGCAAAAAUGACAGAAAGAAGCUGUUUCAGAUGAUAAAUGAUCUCCCCACCAUAUUUGAAGUUGUGACAGGCAGUGGGAGGCAACCUACGAACGAGUCUGCUCUUCAUCACAACAGUAGCAAGAGCAAAUCCAGUGGCAAGCCGCAGUCUCGGCAACCUGAAAUCAACCCGAGUAAAGGGGUAAAGAUGUCGCCACCAGCCAAAGAAGACGAGGAAAGUGGGGAAGAAGAAGAAGAGGAUGAUGAACAAGGUGCUACUUGCGGGGCAUGUGGAGACAACUACGGCGCUGAUGAGUUCUGGAUUUGCUGUGAUGUUUGUGAGAGAUGGUUUCAUGGUAAAUGUGUGAAGAUUACACCUGCAAAGGCUGAGCAUAUCAAGCAGUACAAGUGCCCAAGCUGCAGUAGCAAGAGGGCUAGAGUUUGAAUCUAUUAUGAAGUUGGAGAACAAUACCGAUCAAAGAAAUCAGAUGAGGGUUUUACAACUAUCAGUACAUUUUGGAGUAAAACGAAAGUCAGUUGUCUAUCUUUUAGUUAAUGAAUUUGAAUGACUGCAGAUGGGAUUAUAAGUUUUGCUACUUUUAUCUCUUGUUCUGUCUAAUUUUAGCUCGGAUUGUUUCUAAUAUGAAUAGUCAGUUAUAAAUAUGUUUAUGCAGUGUUUGACUUUUCCAUAC